AUGCUGCAACCCACACUCGCCCUCCUGCUGUGCUGGCUCGCCGCGACGGCGGCGGACUACCACGAGGCGCUGCGGAUCGUCGGCGUCCUGCGGCCGCGGCCCGGUGCGUCGCCGGAGCAGCUCCUCUUCGCCUUCUUGAAGUCGGCGGAGCGCGCGGCGGUGUCCGUCGGCGGCGACGGCGUCGCGCGGAGGACGGCGCUCGCGGGCAGCGUCGUCUUCGUCGAGGACGGCGCCCUCGGCGCGCUCGGCGGCGUCGCGGCGCGGUUCGCGUGGUGCCGGCUCGCGGCCGUCGGCGGCCGGAGCCUCGCGGACGCCGUCGCGGGCGCCGUCGGCGGCGCGCCGGGCCCCGUCGUCGCCGCGGCCGUCGGCGGCGUGACCUUCCAGGGCGCGCUGACCGAGGGCCUCGGCCCGCGGGGCGUCGUCUACGGCGGCGCGGACGUCGCCGGGCGGCACGAGCUCGAGGCCGCGGACGCCUUCGCGUGCGUCGCCGCGGGCGCCUGCGUGGCCUUCCUACCGGCCGGCGAGCGCGGCGAGGCGCUCCGCGUGCGGCAGGCGCCCGACGCCUGCGAGCGCCAUUGCGCGGACGCCUUCGGCGACGUCGUCGACCCUCUGGGAAACGUCUGGCCCGCGCUCCUCGGCGUCGACGCGCUCGCGCGGGGCGGCUGCGCCUGGGCGAAGACCGUGUGGCAUCAGUACGCCCUCCGGGGCCACGCGAGGCGCGCCGCGAACACGUUCCCGAAGACGAAACGGAAGUGGCAGGCGCUGGGCCUGGGCGACGAGCGGUGGCGCGCGCGCGCGGACCGCGCGGCCGCGGCCGAGGCCGCGCGCGCGGACCUUUUUGAGAGGCACCGAACCUCCGGCGCCUGCGACGCGCGGAAGCGCGACGUCAUCUUCUCCGUCUACAACUACCCCGACGCGUCGACGCUGUACCUCUUCCUGCGGUCGCUGCGCGAGGCGGGCGGCGUCGCGGACGCGGUCGUCUUCACGCACCGCGCGCACCGCGCGCUCCGGGCCGUCGGCGACCGCUACGGCGCCAGAGUGUUGGAAUACUUCGCGCCCCUGACGGGCCACCCGACCGUCGCGGCGAUCAUGGCGCGGCCGCACAUGCAGGCGCUCAAGGUCGACUUCCCCGGCCCGCUCAUCAAGAACUACAAGUUCACGUUCAUGUACUGCUACCUCCUCGAGUUCGGCGAGCUCUACGGCCGCGCGGCCUUCAUGGACGUGCGCGACCUCUACUUCCAGCGCGACCCCUUUGCCUAUGCCGCGUGCCUCGGCCUCACGGCCGCGACGGAGACCGCGGCGCUCGACGUCGACGACCGCAAGUCCAUCCACGCGGACCACUACCCGAGGCACUGCGACACGCGCUGGGAGGACUUCCGGCACCUGCCGCCCAUCAACUCCGGCGCCUUCAUCGCCGACGUCGCCGCGAUGCUGCGGAUCGUGAACGCGUCGGCGGCCGUCGUGGACCGCUGCGGCGCGGGCUACGACCAGGGCACCUUCACGGAGCUCGUCUACCUCGGCCGGCUGCCGGGCACGCCCGUGGCCCUGAGCACGACGGAGACGGGGGCCAUCGGCAUGAUCUGCAACUCGCUCGACGUCGCCUACGACACGUACCGCGAGGUCGCGAACGACGCCGGCGACGCCUACGCCAUCGUCCACCAGUUCGACCGCUUCGCCGAGCUCACCGACGACCUGUCGACCCGCAUGCCCCUCGACCACGCCAAGCUCCUCGCGCCGAAAGCGACCAUGCUCGAGCCCCAGACGUGCGGGGGCGAGGGGUAUCUGAAGGACUUUUCGCGCGCUUUGGGAGUGCGAGCGCCAAAGAGCGUAGAGGCGUCGAGCCGAGACCUCAAGCGGCUCCUGACCGCCCCCGAAAGCCUCCCGCUCGCGCAGCUCCCGCCUGGGCGCUCGACGGACGAGAAUAAUUGGCCGGGGCGAUUCUACGCGCACGGCGACUGCGAGAAGUGCGGCAAAGAAUUGUUUCCGCCCGUCUUCGAAUGCUGCGAGCGCUGCGGCGUGGCGGUGUGGUGCUCCGAGGGGUGCCAGGCCGCGGACGCUGCCGAGCACGCGGCCGUCUGCUCCGAGUGGAAUUCCAAGCGCACCGCGAGCGUCCAGUGCCGACGCGAGUACCGCAAGGGCGGCCGCGUCGUCGCCGUCGGCUACGCGGCGGUGAUGAUUUCGGGGAAAGGGUCCGUCAAGGCCCGCGCGAAGAUCUCGCCCGUGGGUCCCGGGGACGACCUCUGCCGCGCCGCGCACACGGGCGACGUCGGCGCCCUCGCGCGACUCCUCGACGACGGCGCGGCCGUCGACGGCCGCGACGGCUGGGGCGCGACUCCGCUCGCGCGGGCGGCGGCGCGCGGCCGCGCCGACGCGGUCCGCCUGCUGCUGGACCGCGGCGCGUCCGUGGACGAGGGGGCGCGCGGGUCGCCCGCCUGCCCGCGCGUCGGCCAUUUUUUUGCCGCGGCCGCCGCCGCCGGCCGCACGGCGCUCUGCGGCGCGGCCGAGGGCGGCGGCGCGGGGCCGCGGGUCGCAUGCCUGCGCCUCCUGCUGCAGCGCGGCGCGGACCCGAACGUGCCGGGCGCGGAACCGCCCCUCGCCAAUCUCGCGGCCGAAAUCGCGCGCCUGCGCGAGGGCGGCGCAGCGGCGGCGGCCGUCGCGCCGUUCGAGGCCGCGAUCGAGGCGCUGUGCGGCGCGGCCUGCGAGCUCGAGCGCGACGACCCGGUCCUUGCGCCGCUCCUCGACGUCGCGCCCUACUCCGUCGCGGCGACGGCGGCGCUCCUCCGCGCGGGCGCGAACCCGAACGCCGCGGUCAUGGGUCCGGAGCUCGACGGGCGCUCGGGCCUCGACCACCCCGUCCGCGACCGCGUCCGGGCCAUGAGCUGGGUCGUCGGCGACGGGGAGCGUGCGGCCGCGGUGCCGCCGGACUUCGACGGCUGGUCCGUCAAGAAGCUCCGCGCGGCCAUCGCGGCCGCGGGGCUGUCGCACGCCGACUGCGUCGAAAAGGCGGACCUUCGGCGCCGCUGCCGCGACGCGCUCGAGGCCGCGGCGCCCGCGGAUCAGGCCGAGCGCUCGAUCCCCCACCGCACGCCGCUCUCGAGGAUCCUGCGCGUCGCGGGCGCCGCCGGCGCGUCCGCGGCGGAUAACCCCGCGUUCGCGCUGCUCCUCGACCACGGCGCGGACCCGCGGCUCCUCGCGCCCGUGCCGCCGCUGCUCACGGCCAUCGUCUUCGGCGACGAUCGCGCGGCGGCGAUGCUCGUCGACGCGGGCGCGGACGCGGACGCCGUGCUCAACCUCGAGACCUGCCGCGUCCUCGUGAGCGGCGAGCGCUCCGAGUUCGAGGUCAAGCCCGAGGCGCGAAAGGUCCUGACGAUCCGCGAGUUCGUCGCCAUCCACUUCGGCGAGGGCCACGCGAUCCGCGCGGCGGUCGACCGCGGCGCCGCGGCCGUCGAUCUCGCGGCGCUCGGCGACGCCGCGGGAUCGCCGGCCGAGGCGGCCGCGCUCAUCGACCGGGCCUGCGACGCCGCCGUCGCCAAGGAGAACUGGCUCCCCUGGGACCCGGACGCGCAGCGCCUCCGCCUCCUCUCGCGCCACGUCCGCCGCGCGAGCCCGGCGAUGCUCGCCUGGCGCGACGCGCGGCUCUCGCGGUUCGCGUCGGAGCCGAACGAGGACCUCCUGAUCGUGGAGGACGCGCCCGAGGGCCUCGCGCCGCUCCCGGGGACGAGCGCGCGGACGCUCUGGAUCGCGCUCCACCAGUGGCGCUGCGGCCUCGCCGCCGUGGCCCUCGACGAGUCGCCGGCGCGGAGGCUCUUCAUUCGGAACAGGGCCGACUUCGACGCCGCCGCCGCCGACGGCCGCCUCGCGGCGUGUCUCGGGCCCGGGGCGUCGGUUGCCGAGGCCUGGCCCAUCGUGGCUCGGGGCCUGGAGCGCGUGCGCGCGAACUUGUCGGCCACCGACAACCCCUACUUCGAGCUCCGCAUGCCCCAGAUUGGGAAUCCGGUCCAGUUCUUCCUCAACGCGAUCCUCGACGCGUCGGAAGUCGUCGCCGACGCGUCGGACGAAGAGCUCUACCAGGUCGUGAAAGCCACGGGGGACGCGAUGAGCGAGGCCAUCGGCUACGCGGACGAGCUCCUGAGCCGGGGCGUCCAGCUCCCGGCGCUCCCGGCCGGGACGAUGGACGUGAUCGUCCGCGACGGUCUCAGCGUCACGUUCCUCGCGAAAUGGGAGGAGAUCGGCGUGGACGCGGUCGUCGCCUACGUCGUCGCCGUCUGGCGCACGUCCGUCGAUUUCGCGAAGCGCUGGGCCACGAUGCUCGUGCGCACGCUCAUGGUCUCGGGCGCCGUCCAGACCGACGGCGACGACCGCGUGCGCGCCUGGGAGACGGCCGCGCGCGCCGCCGCGUCGAUGCGCGCCGCGCUCGAGCCCCUGCCCGGAUUCGCGGAGCACCAGCCCGCCGUCGUCCGCAUGACCUUCGUCCGGUCGCUGCGCCUGCGGGCCAUCGAGGCCCUCGAGCGCCGCGGCCGGGACGUCGCCGCGCCGCGCCGCGCCGCGCUCCUCGACCGCGCGGCGGCGCUCGCGCGGGACGUCGUCGCGUCGUGCGAGAUCUCCUCGCUGCCGGACACCGGCUACAUCGGCUUCUACGGCGCCGAGGUCGGCGUCGCGAUGCUCGGCACCACCGUUCGCGUCUACACGCCCCUGCCCCAAGCGUUCAUGACCUUCACGCACUUCGUCCUCCCGUACGCGCACGCGUGCUUCGUGCUCGGCCUCCGCGCGCGGCGCGACGGCGACCGCGGCGAGGCCGCGCGGUGCUUCGUCGGAGCGCUCAUCCACUUCCCCUUCGACGAGCUGAAGAAGGUCGUCGCGGCGUGGCUCCUCGCGGAGGUCCAGGCCGGCGCCGGCGCGCCCCUCGGCACCGUGCGCGCGAUCGCCGAGACCGCGCGCGUCUUCGAGGGCGCCUUCCAGGACGGCGCGUUCGGCGCGCCCACCGCGGACGGCGACCUCCCGGCGCGGGCCAAGGUCCGCGCGCUCCUCCGGCGCGCGGCCGCGCUCCCGGACGCGGCCGCGGCGCCGGGCGCCGCCCGUCCCGACCCGGCCGCGGUCCUCGACGCCAACGCCGCGCGCUUCAUCAAGUCGCUCUUCGGCGGCGCCGCGGCCACGGCGCCGCCCCGGUCCCGCCGCCGCCGCCGCUGCUGCGCGUUUUGCGGGCGCAUGCGCCUGCCCGGCGACCCCAAGUUCAAAACCUGCUCCCGCUGCAAGGCCGUCGUCUACUGCGACGCCGCGUGCCAGAAGGCGCACUGGGCCACCCACAAGAAGCACUGCGCGAAGAAGCCCGCGGAGAUCGCGAAGUAA